AUGGAUUUGAACGGAGAGUGUAAGGGAGGAGAUGGGUUCAUUGACAGAAGCAGAGUCAGGAUUUUGCUUUGUGACAAUGAUUCCAAGAGCUUGGGAGAUGUUUUCACUCUCCUCUCUGAAUGUUCUUAUCAAGAGGGACCUGAUAUCGAUAUCAUACUGGCAGAAAUUGAUCUCCCGAUGGCCAAGGUGAUGUCGAGGCAAGAUGAGGUUCCUGUUGUGGUAAAGUGCUUGAAGCUAGGUGCAGCUGACUACCUAGUGAAGCCUCUUCGGACCAACGAGCUUCUGAACUUGUGGACACACAUGUGGAGAAGAAGACGCAUGUUAGGACUUGCUGAGAAGAAUAUGUUGAGCUAUGACUUUGAUCUCGUGGGAUCAGAUCCAAGUGAUCCAAACACAAAUAGUACCAACUUGUUUUCUGACGACACAGAUGACAGAAGUCUUAGGCCCACCAACCCGCAGAGAGGAACUUUAAGCCACAAGGAAAAUGAGUGGCCUGUUGCUACUGCAUCUGUUUAUGGUGAUCUUGGUGCUGAUGGUACCGCCACUUCAAGUCCUGCUGCUGCUGCUAUAGAGUCUCUGUUGAAUCAUGUUGGUGAGUCUCACCAUGAACCAAUGAAAAGAAAUAGUAAUCCAGCGCAAUUUUCUUCAGCACCGAAGAAAAGUAGAUUGAAGAUUGGAGAGUCCUCUGCUUUCUUCACAUAUGUCAAGUCUACUGUCCUUGGAACCAACAGUCAGGAUCCUCCUCAUAUCAAUGGAAAUGGCUCACUUCAUCUUCAUCCAGGUAUGGCGGAGAAGCUUCAAGUUGUGGCCAGUGAGGUGAUCAACAACACCAAACAAGCACGCAGAGUUAGAGAGACCGAGAAAAACUAUUCUCAAGGAGAGAACAUACAGAAUGGAGCCACCUAUCCUAAUUCCCUUGAGCGUUCUCGUACGCUUCCCACAUCAAUGGAACCUCAUGGUAGGAAUUACCAAGAAGGAAAUAUGAAUACUGCCCGGGUUGCUAUGAACAGAAGUAAGGAUUCAUCUCAAGUUGAUGCUUCCGGGUUCUCUGCACAAAAUGCCUAUCCAUACUACAUGCAUGGGGUCAUGAACCAAGUUAUGAUGCAAUCAGCAGCCAUGAUGCCUCAGUAUGGUCAUCAACUUCCUCAUUGCCCACCUAAUCAUCUGAAUGGAAUGACAGGAUUUCCUUAUUACCACCACCCAAUGAAUGCAUCGUUACAGCACGGUCAGAUGUCUUUACAGAAUGGUCAUAUGUCUUUACAAAAUGGUCAGAUGUCUAUGGGUCAUCACUCUUGGUCACCAGUAGGAAAUCCGUCUCCUAACGAAGUGAGGGAAGCGCCUUGCUGA